CGCGAGGCCUGGGCCCCAGCCCGGCCGCCCCGCUCCGCCUCACGGAGGAGCCGCCCGGCGCGCUCUCCGGGUUAACCCGGUUUGCGGUUUACCCGGCGCGCCGCCCUGCGCGGGUCCGAGCUGGUGGCUGGGCCCCCGCUUGCCGGAAGAGGAAGCCGAGGCUCCGAGAUUCCGAGUCCACCAACGUUCACUGGGCGCUCCCUGAACGCUGGGUGCUGGCCUCCGGACUUCCACGUCCGUUACCUUAAUUGAGCCUCGCUGGGGUUGGGAGCCGGGUAUUGCCCGGGCUUGCAGAUGAGGAAACGGAAGCCCGCAGAGCCGAAGGGAUCUGCCUCAAGUUCGACUGUGGCGGAUCGGAUUCGGACUGAGAUUUUUCUGAUUUCCCAGCCGGUGUUCUUUUCCUUCCUCCUGCCUCACUCUAGGUCGAUUCCCUCCCUGCUCACCGGCCCCUUCUCAUUCUAUUUCACCCCCCCUCCCCGGGGGACAGGAUAGAUACAUUUCUUUCUCCCACCCCACCUUUCCCCUCACACACUUCUGAGACUUCUAAGACUUGGCAUCCCCUCAUUCUCAACAUUCUCUGUUAGCUCUAUCCUCUUCUUCCCCAUUCAUAGCUUUCAAGAUCUUUGCCCCAGUUAGUGAUAAUGAAUCUCUCAACUAGCUAUGGACCCUGAAGAGUGAAAUAGCUAGGCUUCAAUGAGGCGUGGGGUGUUCAACUGGACGACUGCUUGGCUCUUGGAUUAAAAAUAAGAAUGGCAGUUGAGUACGUCCAGAUUUGGGAGUUCUGAAGCUAUCCUGUAACCCAAGAUGCUCUUCUCUGAGUGAGGGGCUUAGUGCAUGGGACAGUGUCUUGACAUCGUAGUCCAUUGUUUUUAGGCUAGCAUAACCACUGUCUUCCCUCCAUUUGCCCCUGAGCUUUUCUCACCACAUCUCUCUCCAUCACCUGCUUGGGCUAUGAGAGCCCAGAAUUAAAGCUGAUAACGAAGUAACAAGUGUAAUCACAGACCUUUUUUUUUUUUUCUUUUACUAAGCCAGAAUUCCAACAACUUAAUGCUUCCUUUUAUGGAAAAGUUACCUAAUUCAGUAUUUUCAGACUACAGCUAAAAAGGAGAGGAGCAAAAGUGGAAUGCACUUAAAAUGGAUAGCAUAUUCUUGGUCUUAGGAAAAAAAUGAUUAAAUGCAAGUUAAUUUCCUUUCCACGAAAAUGGCUUGUUUUAUAGUUCCUUUUGGUUGUUCUCUGAGUCUACUCUGUCUCCAACCAGCUCAAUAUGUAUUAUGUAAAGUAAUACAAAUGUAUUACUAAUGUAAAAGCAGGAACAGGACCAAGCACACAGAAAUAAAUGUUAGUAAUCAAUCAUCUGUCAUUUUUGAGGAUUUGUAAUACCCACCUGAGUAACCUCACAUUUGUGUGCCUUUUAUACUUUGUAAAGUUCUUCCGUAAUUGUCCUUUUAAUGUACAUCUAGAUGUCAGGGUUUACACUAUUGUUAGGAUAUCCUUUUGAGUAAAUUUAGGGUAUACAUUUCUGGGAUUUUAAAAAAAUAUAAUUUUAAUAAUCUAAAGUACAGAUACAAAAUAAUUCAGGCAUUAUAUAUUACACCAAGAAGAAUAUUUCUAUACUAGUGUUAAUAUCUAUUUGGGACUUUAGAUUUACUCUUUUUGGCCUCAUAUGAUCCAUUUCAAUAAUGAUCAACAGCCUUAUAUCUUAUUUCAUUAUCCUGGUGAGCAGGAUUGGAUGGUGAGAAAAGGAAAGACUCCUGUGAGAAGAGAGCAAGAUGAGCAGAGGGAUCUAUGCUUGAAGUUGAGUCACUUGAAAAAAGGUCUCUUUGAAUGUGGAAGAGAUCUGAGCAGAUGAAAAUACAAUCAGGAAAAUGCAACAUGGCAGCAGCGAUGGAAACAGAACAGCUGGGUGUUGAGAUCUUUGAAACUGCAGAUUGUGAGGAGAAUAUUGAAUCACAGGAUCAGCCUAAAUUGGAGCCAUUUUACGUUGAGCGAUAUUCCUGGAGUCAGCUUAAAAAGCUCCUUGCUGAUACCAGAAAAUAUCAUGGCUACAUGAUGGCUAAGGCACCGCAUGAUUUUAUGUUUGUGAAGAGGAAUGAUCCAGAUGGGCCUCAUUCAGACAGGAUAUAUUACCUUGCUAUGUCUGGUGAGAACAGAGAAAAUACACUGUUUUAUUCUGAAAUUCCCAAAACCAUCAACAGAGCAGCAGUCUUAAUGCUCUCUUGGAAGCCUCUUUUGGAUCUUUUUCAGGCAACACUGGACUAUGGAAUGUAUUCUCGAGAAGAAGAACUAUUAAGAGAAAGGAAACGCAUUGGAACUGUUGGAAUUGCUUCCUAUGAUUAUCACCAAGGAAGUGGAACAUUUCUGUUUCAAGCUGGUAGUGGAAUUUAUCAUGUAAAAGAUGGAGGGCCACAAGGAUUUACUCAACAACCCUUACGGCCGAAUUUAGUAGAGACUAGUUGUCCCAACAUUCGCAUGGAUCCCAAAUUAUGCCCAGCUGAUCCAGACUGGAUUGCUUUUAUACAUAGCAAUGAUAUUUGGAUAUCCAACAUCGUAACCAGAGAAGAAAGGAGGCUCACCUAUGUGCACAAUGAGCUAGCCAACAUGGAAGAAGAUCCCAGAUCAGCUGGAGUUGCUACCUUUGUUCUUCAAGAAGAAUUUGAUAGAUAUUCUGGCUACUGGUGGUGUCCAGAAGCUGAAACAACUCCCAGUGGCAGCAAAAUUCUAAGAAUUCUAUAUGAAGAAAAUGAUGAAUCUGAGGUGGAAAUUAUUCAUGUUACAUCCCCUAUGUUGGAAACAAGGAGGGCAGAUUCAUUCCGUUAUCCUAAAACAGGCACAGCAAAUCCAAAAGUCACCUUUAAGAUGUCAGAAAUAAUGAUUGAUGCUGAAGGAAGGAUUAUCGAUGUCAUAGAUAAGGAACUAAUUCAACCUUUUGAGAUUCUGUUUGAAGGAGUUGAAUAUAUUGCCAGAGCUGGAUGGACUCCAGAGGGAAAAUAUGCUUGGUCCAUUCUACUAGAUCGCUCCCAAACUCGCCUACAGAUAGUGUUGAUCUCACCUGAAUUAUUUAUCCCAGUAGAAGAUGAUGCCAUGGAAAGACAGAGACUCAUCGAGUCGGUGCCUGACUCUGUGACGCCACUAAUUAUCUAUGAAGAAACCACAGACAUCUGGAUAAAUAUCCAUGACAUCUUUCAUGUUUUUCCCCAAAGUCAUGAAGAUGAAAUUGAAUUUAUUUUUGCCUCUGAAUGCAAAACAGGUUUCCGUCAUUUAUACAAAAUCACAUCCAUUUUAAAGGAGAGCAAAUACAAACGAUCCAGUGGUGGGCUGCCUGCCCCAAGUGAUUUCAAGUGUCCUGUCAAAGAGGAAAUAGCAAUUACCAGUGGUGAAUGGGAAGUUCUUGGCCGGCAUGGAUCUAACAUCCAGGUUGAUGAAGUCAGGAAGCUGGUAUAUUUUGAAGGCACCAAGGACUCUCCUUUGGAACAUCACCUAUACGUGGUCAGUUAUGUAAACCCUGGAGAGGUGACAAGGCUGACCGACCGUGGCUAUUCCCACUCUUGCUGCAUCAGCCAGCAUUGUGACUUCUUUAUAAGUAAGUAUAGUAACCAGAAGAACCCACACUGUGUGUCCCUUUACAAGCUGUCAAGUCCUGAAGAUGACCCAACUUGCAAAACAAAGGAAUUUUGGGCCACCAUUUUGGAUUCAGCAGGUCCUCUUCCUGACUACACCCCUCCAGAGAUUUUCUCUUUUGAAAGUACUACUGGAUUUACAUUGUAUGGGAUGCUGUACAAACCUCAUGAUCUACAGCCUGGAAAGAAAUACCCCACUGUGCUGUUCAUAUAUGGUGGUCCUCAGGUGCAGUUGGUGAAUAAUCGAUUUAAAGGAGUCAAGUAUUUCCGCUUGAAUACCCUAGCCUCUCUGGGUUAUGUGGUUGUAGUGAUAGACAACAGGGGAUCCUGUCACCGAGGGCUUAAAUUUGAAGGCGCCUUUAAAUACAAAAUGGUUGCUAUUGCUGGGGCCCCAGUCACUCUGUGGAUCUUCUAUGACACAGGCUACACAGAACGCUAUAUGGGCCACCCUGAUCAGAAUGAGCAGGGUUAUUACUUAGGAUCUGUGGCCAUGCAAGCAGAAAAGUUUCCCUCUGAACCAAAUCGUUUACUACUUUUACAUGGAUUCUUGGAUGAGAAUGUCCAUUUUGCACACACCAGUAUAUUACUGAGUUUUUUAGUGAGGGCUGGAAAGCCAUAUGAUUUACAGAUCUAUCCUCAGGAGAGACACAGCAUAAGAGUCCCUGAAUCUGGAGAACAUUAUGAACUGCAUCUUUUGCACUACCUUCAAGAAAACCUUGGAUCACGUAUUGCUGCUCUGAAAGUGAUAUAGUUUUGACCUGUGUAGAACUCUGGUAUACACUGGCUAUUUAACCAAAUGAGGAGGUUUAAUUGAUAGAAAACAUGGGAUUGAUCAUCACAUUUUGAUACCUGCCACAUAACAUCUACUUCUGAAAGUACAUUUGUUGCCAUGCAGGCGUCUGCAGCUUGUGGAUAGUAAUCUAAUAACCACACACACACAAAAUUGAAUGACACGUAUUUCUAAAGGACCCAGCAAUACCAUGAGAAUUAAAGAAAUAAGACAUUAGCACCAUGUAUCCAUACUACCUUAUUUUCACUUCUUAAUAGCAUUAUAAAAUUCAUGGACUUAGUUAGUGUAUUUUUAUGGUAUACUUCUGAGUUUGUUAAAAUAUGAUGUUAUUAGUGAUUGGUUUGGUUCAAUUCCAGAAACUCUGACUAGUUACAGAUUUGAUAGCACUUAAAUAUAAUUGAAUAGCUUAUGCUUCAUUGCUUGGGGUGUAUCCAGCAUGUUAUGAACUAAUCACUAUUAAACCUAUGACUUAACCAAUCAUUAAUGAUUUUCCAAGGAUAACUUAGUGGCCUCCUAAAAACACUUAUUUUGUUUCAUUCAAGCUCUGACCAAUUUUAGCCAAUUUCAGCUGUAUCUAGUAUAAAUAGUUCUCUCUGAUGAUAUGACAGAGUGGGUUUUUCCUUUCAUACAAAGGCAAGUAACUGUACAUGUAGCAUGGUUUAAUUAGUCUUACAAUAUUGAUAAUUACAGGCAGAAAAUUUUUAAUCAAAUGGUUAGAGCUUAAAUAUUUGCAGGCAAUAUCUUCUCCUUUAAGAAAAGGGAAAAGUACACAUUGAUUUGUUUUCUUCAGAAAAUUUAGUGGGGCUAGUUUCCAUUGAGUAUUUCCUUACUGAAAUGUUCCAGCGUUCUAGGGUGAUGGAAGGGAAUUGUGGUAGGAUGGGAGAUACCAGGGUGUGGAGAAUGACAGGGAGAGGAAAAGGAAAGGAUCUGCUUAAGAACCAAGUAGAAGUAAAAUUUGACCAAAAAUCCUUAUGAAAAAGUUUGGGGGGUGAAAUUUAAACUGCUAGAAUGUUAGUUAAGGAAACUAGAAUGAAGAAAUCACUGUCUUGCCAACACAGUUUCAGACUAACAUUAUUCAGGGAGGAAAAGUUCCUUAGUUAUUUUUCUAGUUUUCAUUUUUUGUUAUUUUCAUCUUAAUUUUGGUAACCUUACAAAUUUGAACUUUUGAAAUUAUUUGAGCAUCUUAGAUAUUGUGAACUUAAAGAGGUAUCCAGACCACCUCUCCACCAUAAACUGAUCCCGAGCUAGCUAUGGCUCUAUUUUUAAGCAUUCAGAGCCUCUAAGCAAUGUCUGAAAUGGCCAUGACAUUUUCCUGGUUUAGCCCUAGCACUCGACUGUUAAGCACUCGACAUAGGCUUUCAGGUGCUGAUUGGAGUCUGUCAUUUUAGAGUCUUGGGUGUUGUUGGGUCACAUUAGCAGAGAAGGCACCUGUGAGUUUGACCCUUUUUAUCACACACCUCAGUGUUUGGAAAGUUGUUUCUGGUACUUUUAAACAACGCUCUAAGAAAAAUUGCUCUUUUUUUCUUUCUCACUACUACAGAGAGUAGAUUUCUCUCAUAGAGAGCACAGCCUCCAUUAGUAAGGGUGAUGACUGUGCAUCAGAGGUGAAUUCAUCACUGAGAGCCAGGUGGGAGGUGGGGGAGGUCCAGAAAUGGCAGGGUGACCUGGUGGUUUUGUCCUUGGGAAGGGGAUUGGGUUUUACUGUUUGUGUAUUUAUACUGUAUCAUAGGUACCACACUUUCCCUUAUUAUCUGUGUAUGUAUUGAUUUUCUUGUUUAUGAUAUUUCCCCAUACCAAGGUGUGUUUAUAUUUUUUUCAAUGUUAAAUUAAAUUGAUUUGGGUAAUUUUUCUUCCCAAGAAAGUAUAUUCCCCCUUGAUUUAAGUAUAUAAUCUGACUAUCAAAGGUGGUUUUUGUUUGUGAACUGAUUGGCCUCCAGGGAUCUAUCCUUAUAUAAUAUGCAAAGUGGAAAUGGUAUCCAGUCGUUUUUAGACAUCUACUCAUUUGAAACCUCUUACCCAGUAAGGCUGUUUCUUUCAAUGGCAUCUCUCAUUUUACCAAAACAAACCUUCAAGAACCUCAUGUACUCUUGAAUUCACCAGUGUUUUCCUCUUAUGACAAGGGAUGCCUCUUUUAUAAGCUCCAGUUCAUUAAAUGCCAUUCUCCUUCUAUAGGGGGAAAAUAUGUGACUGAUUACACAUCCAGAAAGACGGUUUGACUGAGUUUCAUUUUAAAAACUGAAGUGGGAAACAUCGUAGUCAUUUCAAACAAUCAGUAGAAAUGUCACUAAAACUCUUCAUACCCUGCCUAUAGGUAACAUCUGAAAAGGCUAAGAGUAUAUAAAAGUAGCAACGUUUUUUGGAAAGAGCCAAAAAGCACUGGGUUAAACAUCCAAUGGGGUGGGUUUUGCAGGCUUGAUAAACAGGUACACUCGAGCAGCCAUCACCAGGUAGAGUUGCUUAUGCAUUGUUGAGCAGUGGGACUCAGAAUCUCCUUAAGAUUCAUCUGGAUGCUUAUUGCUAAAAAGAGAUGCAGUCUUUACUCUUAGAAGUUUGGAUUUAUUGAUUUGGGUGGAGACCAGGAAUCUGCAUUUCUAACAGUCUUUCCAGGGUGAUCCCGAAGUUGUUUGUGGGCUACUUUCACAAAGUCUUCUGAAGAGAAUGGAAUUGGGUUGAGAAAAUAAUAGGUGAUUUUUACACUGGACUGAUUUACAGACACCUAAAGCAGUAGCCAAUGUAGCUGCUCAUCUGUGAUCACUGCUGGGCCCUUCUUACUCUGAAAGAAGCAGAAGGUAUCGUAAACUAUGUAUCCUCUUUGUCUAGAGAUUCAUUUUGGAAUGAAGGUCUUCUCUUGAUGCCAUUGCUGGCUCAUUUCGAAAGGGUCGUACAAGAGGAUAAAGUCACAAUGCAUGCAUUACUUUUUAACAGAAUGAGAUAUAGAUAUUGAUGCUUACUUUUUUUUACUACUAGUUUUAUUCCUUACAGAAAGUGUAUCCCACCUGUCUGUAACAUAAUUCUCUCUUUAGGUGGAAUGACUCCUAUAAGAUCUCUCACUCUUGUAGAAUCAUAAAUUUUUCAAGCUGUUAUAUCUUUGAUAUAAUCUAAUGUUCUCAUUGGUUAGAGGAGGAAGCUACAUGUAGAGAGAGGAGAAAAUAUACCCAUGGCCAUGCAGCCAGUUAGUGUUCUGUUGGUACUAGACUCCAUCCAGAUGCCCUGACUCAUGGUAGUUUAAAUGAUAUGUAGAAAAGGCAAAUUUUUAAAGAAGUAUUUAUUAAUAUAUUCCUAUGAAACAUUUUAAAGAUAACAUAAAAUGGUUAAUUUUUCCAUUCUAAAGUAAAUGCUAAGCAUGCUUAUUAAUGAAGCAGUACUUCUAAUUAGUAUAUGACAUUCUGAAGUUAAUUAAAACUGUUAACCCUAAAUGUGUCUUCCUAGUAGUGGGGGAUUUGGGAAUCGGGAUAUAGAAUAGAGUGCUUGCUUAAGCCUGGGAGCCUAACUUAGAGCUAUUUGAAGUAAGAAAAGAGACAUGGCUGUAUCUAAACUAAGAGAUUUGCAGGUGAGUGCCCAUUCCCAGCAGACAUAAAUAAAUAAGGAAACUUCCCUGACUCGCACUUUCCCAACCCUACCCAGCUCACCUAUCCACCUUGCAGCCUACAAUAUAGAGACAUGUUAGUGUUAGGUGCUGGCUCCUGCUUUUCUUAUUUUGUCAAGAGACAGUUCUAGGUAAUCAGAAGGGACUUUCAGAAGUCCCUCACAGAGAGAAAAAGUACUAUUUGUAUGUUUAUUUUUGAAUAACCCAAAUACAAAUUUAUGUUGUGUUCAGCACAAUUGGAGUUCAGGUCUUUAAUUUUAGAACAUAAAGUGCCUGCUGUUUUAAGCAUUGACUUGUAUAAAAAGAAUUGCAUGUCUCACUCCAGUAAGUUUAUGGGUUUUCUCAUUUUCAGCUACAUGGCUUUUAAUCAUGUAAAGUGAAACAUUAGUUUUGUUGCAUUUUAUUACAGGUUCUUUGUUGCAAUAAAGAUGCUGCUAAAAUUAA